AUGCCUCCUCGUCCUCACAUUGUGGUGGACCGACCGGAGUUCGAUUCCAGCGGGUCCCAGUUAUCUGUUCCGUCAUUCUAUGUAAGUCCGCCUUCUACCGGGUACAACACGCCGCAACGAAGCUCCGACAGGUCGGCCUCGCUAGUGAAUGUUCUGGGCUCGGAUCAAAGACAAUAUCUGCCUGUUCCCGCUUCCGGAGACCAGGUCUCGCCCGUACGGUCGGCCGAUUCGCAUCUCAGGACGCCCAGACGACGGCAGCGCGCGGCUUGUUGGCAACUGCAUGCCAAAUUCGAUGAACUGGCCUCACUACUCGCUGAAAACCUCGAUAAACGUCUGGACUCCAUGGAGGCCGAGAAUGGCAAGCUUCUGGAAGAACUAGAAUAUCGUGCCUCGGAGCUCGACCAAUUGAAUACAGAGCUCAACGAAAACCUGGACAGUUUGAACGGAUAUCUGCGGGUUUUGGGAGCAAAAGAAGAAGAAAUAGGCCAGUUAUACUCGAGCGACGUCUUUAAUAACCUAAACGACCUCGACUCCCGUUUAAACGUGGUCAAGCAGAACCUGGACCUCAACAAAUCGAAACUGGACACUUUUGACUCCAACCUGCGCACCAUAGAGGAAUUCAAAAAGUACGAAAUCAUCAGCAAAGGUGUCCAAAAUAAUAUGCUACUGCUGCUGUUUUGCAGCCUUGUGCUACUAGUGAUCAGAUUCUACUGA